AUGUCUAUGCUUCUAAAUUGCGGAAUAUUUUUCAAUUUCUGGGGAAAAAUAACCAAAACACUUACUCAGUCAAUCAGAGUACCUUGGGCUCCAAUACUUGUUGAUACAAUGCAAAACAGAGAUCCAUUAUGCAUAGAGAAUGGCGGUGAAGUGCUUUCUACAGCAAUAUUAUGGGCAGCACCAAAAAAAAAAACAUCAUAUUCUAAAAAACGGAUGCGGCAGGCUACUAAGGGUUUAAAAGAUUUAUAUAACCUCAAUGAAUGUCCAGCAUGCGGACGAAAAAAACUGGCGCACACACUGUGUCUGUUUUGCUUUCGGGAGAUUAAAGAAUUUAUAAAAAGUCGACAGGAAUGA